UCCUCUCCUGUCCUCUCCUCUCCUCUGCUCUCUCAUGAACAAGCCUCCUCUCCUCUCUCCUCCUGCCCUCUCCUCUCCUCUCUGUGUUUGUGGAGGAGGCGGACGGACGCUCGGUGAGUAAUCCACCGGAGGAGGAGGUGGAGGAGGAGGAGGAUUGUCGGUAUUAACAAACACGUUACGGCUGUGUCUGGCAGGAGGACACGGAGGAGCACCGGGGAGAGACGAGCCAGCAGCGACUCUCCAUCAUCCUCAUCCUCAUCCUCAGUGACUCUAUGUGUUUAUGAUCUGCAGCAGCCUCCUGUGUAAUAUGGAUUGACUGACACUCCCAGGAUGCUGCCUUCAAAUGUUCUGGAAGACAUGUAAAUGUGAGUUAACGGCGAGGGGACCACUCAGCCCACUCCUGGAAGAACAAACGUAAUUGGAGACAAUAAUCCUGCGUCAUAUGAGGGCACGGGGUCCCACAGCUGUGUGCUGUGCUAGAAGUCCAGCUGUGAAGUGACGGCGCCCUGCGGGAGAGCGAUGGGCUGCGGGGGCAGCAGGACGGACGCUCUGGAGCCUCGCUACCUGGAGAGCUGGACCAAAGAGACGGAGUCAACGUGGCUGACCAGCACCGACACCGACAUCCCCCUGUCGUCCAUCCAGAGCAUCCCCUCCGAGAACUCCGAGGCCGGCUUUGCUUCUGAGAAAACAAUCAGCCCGGUUCCAGAUUUCUUUGAUGACGGCCUCCCUCCUCCUGCUCAGGCGUACCUGAAGGUCUGCUCCGCCGUGUCGGAAGUCAGUCUGAAUGAUGUGAAACCCAGCAGCCCUCCUGCCAUCCUGCCAUCGGCGCCCAAAGAGGAGGUGCUGCCUUCGUCUGGCACCACGGUGCAGCGGCGGAGCGUUCUGCACACUGAGGAAAUCACAAAAUGGCAGGACAAUCGGAUGUCCACAAAGCAGGUGACCAUCACGGUGACGCAGAGCAUCCAUCAGGUGGACAAGAACGGGAAGGUGAAGAAGUCGCUCACCACCUACGAGGUGAUGAAACCUGUGGAGAGUCUGAAACAGGUGGCCACACAAAACACUUGAGAGGAUGAAGCCAAAGAAAAAUGACGACUGUGAAAUAAACAAACUGAAAGCGUGUGAAGGCUGAUGAAGCACAAGAGGGACGUGUGAGACUCGGGAUAAUGGAAUAUUUUUCUCAUUUUCUUAAAUAACUUGGGCCAUUUUGUAGAUAAUAUCAUGAAAUGUAUUUCUAUGGAGCCUGUUGCCACAAUGUUUGACUGUAUUUUGACACUUUGAACACAUGUAAAACAUAAAAAAACUGUAAUUUGUUAUAAGAAAAUUUUAAAAAAUGAAAUUUUGCAGGACAUAUGAUAUCAAACCAAAAGUAAAUGAAGAAUUCACACUAUCACAGCAGAUGACCUGUUUUUAAAAUCCUUUGGCAAAUUCAAAUUUCAAAAACCACCUAUAAUUCAAAUUUUAAGAUGCUUUUAGGAAUAGAUAUAUGUGUAAAUAUAUCGUUAGUGUUAUUGGAAGUAACUGAAUCUUCACAUUGCAUAAAUACUUUAUAGUUUCCGUUAUUUGACACUGAAAUGUAGCUGCUGCUGUGCUGCGGUCUGUGUGGCUCAGGUAACGGAACUCGACCGUGACGACUGCAAUGUUUACAGUGCAGCUUGAACAGGAGGUUGUGACUUUGAUGAUGUAAAAACUGUCUCACUACAUUGUGUUGAUUUGUACAAUAGAGUCGAAUGUGUUUUCUAAUGACAAUAAGUCUAAUAAAACAUUUACGGACUUUAUUUCAAAUCACAACACGUGUCGUUGAAAGAAAAUCUGUUUUUAAUUACACAUGCAUGGAACAAGUUUGGCACUCGGAGGAAGUGACGUAAACAAUAAACAUGCGUUCUCAGAGUAUUACAUAAAGCAUGUGGCAUCAGGUGGACCAGGAGCUGGUCUUUAUCUUUGAGUCCUUUGACCGGUGUGUUGAUGACCAGCAGAUCUGGGGUCAGCUUUGUGCUGAAAUUGUGUGGAUCUGUUUUUGAUGAUCGAAGUGUAACUGUCCAGAUCUGAACGACGGCUCCUCUUUCUCCAUCCACUCGUCCACACAGAAGUCCGGGAAGAAGAAUCUGAUUUCUCUUUGUGCCGAUUCAACAGAAUCUGGAGAAACAAUCAUUAAAAAAAACAAUCAGGAUUUGGAAAAACUUUCUAACUCAACAGUCCAGUAAAAAGAAAAAGUUGAAAAUUGGCUUUAAGAAGCCAAACUGGGUGUAUUGUUGAAUAAUCAGACCAUCGAGAACUUGCUACUGAAUAAAAUGUGUCAUGAAUAAUUGAGAAGAUAAUUUAUUAACUUUAUGCAAAUAUCGAGACCAAUUUUAUGAUGCACUACUGUAGAAACAAUUCAUAAUUCACUAUAUUUCAUAAUGCAACUUGUUGAAGGAGGAUUUUAAAGCUACCACUGUUUGUGCUAUGCGUGUUUAAUUACACUGUUAAACUAAUCUGUUCAACUAAUGUUUAACCUGAUGAAGCUGCCCUGUGUGAUGUGAUAGCCCAUGAGAUACUGCAGGGGGUGUAAACCUGCUGUGUUUAGCACCAUGUGAAGCACUAAGGACUGAUAAAGACUGUAUUUAAAUCCA